AAAAAGUUCACGAAGAAGCUUCUCCAAUUGCUUCUUCCUGAGUCCAUCUUUUCUUCCUUCGUUGAGCUCUGGGAGUUCUUUCUCAACGUCACUCUCAAUCUAUCUCCAUCUCUGUGCUAGACAGAAUAGACAGAAGAGAUCCAGAGAGACAAGCAAAGUAAAGCAACCUAGCAACCUAGCAUUGCUAGCUUUUCAUCAUGAAGUUAAACUCUGCUAUCGCCGCCGCCUUGCUGGCUACCGGUACUUAUGCCGACGAUGCCUCCAAGGUUGAAAAUACCGAGUCGUCAACCUCUGUUGGCGUCGAAGUACCAACCUUUACUCCUACCACCAUCAAAGCUCCCUUCCUAGAGCAGUUCACUGAUGACUGGGAGUCGCGGUGGAAGCCUUCCCACGCCAAGAAGGAGACCAAGGGUCAGGAAGAGGAAUGGGCCUACGUCGGCGAGUGGGCAGUCGAGGAGCCUUACAAGUUUAAGGGCGUCGAGGGUGAUAAGGGUCUUGUUGUCAAGAACGUCGCCGCUCACCACGCCAUCUCCGCCAAGUUCCCUAAGAAGAUUGACCCCAAGGGCAAGGAAUUGGUUGUCCAAUAUGAGGUCAAGCUCCAGAAGGGUCUUGAAUGCGGCGGUGCCUACCUGAAACUUCUCCGAGACACCAAGUCUCUCCACCAGGACGAGUUCAGCAACACCACGCCGUACGUCAUCAUGUUCGGUCCUGACAAGUGCGGUGCCACCAACAAGGUCCACUUCAUCUUCAACCACAAGAACCCUAAGACUGGCGAGUACGAGGAGAAGCACAUGUCUGCUGCCCCUCCCGCUACUAUCCAGAAGACUACCGAGCUCUACACUCUAGUCGUCCGCCCCAACAACACCUUCACUGUUAAGCGGGGUGGUGACAUUGUCCGAGACGGUAGUCUCUUUGACCAGUUCUCCCCUGCCGUCAACCCCGAGAAGGAGAUUAACGAUCCCAAUGACUCGAAGCCCGAAGACUGGGUUGAUGAGGCCCGUAUUCCCGACCCUGAUGCCAAGAAGCCUGAGGACUGGGACGAGGAUGCGCCAUUCGAGAUCGUCGACGAGGAGGCUACCAAGCCUGAAGACUGGCUUGAGGAUGAGCCCUUGACCGUUCCUGACCCCGAGGCCCAGAAGCCUGAGGACUGGGAUGACGAGGAGGAUGGUGACUGGAUCCCCCCCACUGUUCCUAACCCCAAGUGCGCCGACGCCGCUGGAUGUGGCCCCUGGACCCAGCCCUUGAAGAAGAACCCUAACUACAAGGGCAAGUGGACUGCGCCAUACAUCGACAACCCUGCCUACAAGGGCGUCUGGGCUCCUCGCAAGAUCAAGAACCCCGACUACUUCGAGGACAAGAACCCCGCCAACUUUGAACCUAUUGGCGCUGUUGGUUUCGAACUCUGGACCAUGCAAAACGAUAUCCUCUUUGACAACAUCUACAUUGGUCACUCUGAGGCCGAUGCCGACAAGUUCGCUCAGGAGACUUUCUUCAAGAAGGUUGCUGUUGAGAAGGCUCUCGAGGAGGCUGAGAAGCCCAAGGCUAGCGAUUCACCCAAGUCUCCCUCCGACCUGAAGUUCUUAGAUGACCCCGUCCUUUACAUCAAGGAGAAGCUCGACCUAUUCACCACUAUUGCUGCAAAUGACCCUAUCCAGGCUAUUAAGUUCGUGCCUGAGGUUCCUGGUGCCAUUGUUGCUAUUCUUGCUCUCGUUGGUACCCUUGUCAGCCUCCUCUUCCUUGGAGGUAGCGCACCGGAGCCUGUUAAGAAGGCUGCCGCAGACGCUAAGGAGAAGGCCAAGGAUGCUAAGGACAAGACGGCCGAAGCUGUUGCGACAGGUGCUGAGAACGUUAAGGCUGAGGUCAACAAGCGUACCACACGACAACAGUCGUAGGGGGCGAUUAUUAUGAAAAGAUGAAGGGGCAAUGUGGAGAGAAAAAAAAAACAGGCGACCCGUUGUAACGUAGCAAGGACAGUUAAGGGGAUAUGGUGCGAUAAUAAGGGCACGCCUUUGGGACUUCAACUUUACUUUGCAUGGCGCCGGUGUAUUUUACCUACCCUACCCAAUGAACUAAGUUAACUGAAAUUUUGUUUUGAUGUAAUCUAUCUAACUGCAUGUUGUAUCAUGUCAUACUAGGCGUUGUUGGAGGUUGUCACAAUGCAUUCAAUAAGAGUUGUAAAUUUUGCCA